AUUUGUUUGCCGGAUGUUGUAAUGUGUAACCUGUCUAACUUCACAGCGGUGAGGAGUCUCUGCGGGUGCUGGACGUGGUGGAUAGCAGCCGGAUAGAAAUCAGUCAAGGUGGGAUUUUUCUCAUUAUUUAUCUACUGAGAGAAAUGUUUGGUCUGUUUUAAUGUUGUUUUAUCAUUUUUUAUAUGUUUUAAGCGAUCAUAACCAUCUAACAAGGUAGGGAGAUUAGAUGAUAGAGCCUUUGAGAGAAGAUGCUCGCUUCAGAACAGCUGUUGUCAUGUUGAAAAUCGACACAGACGCUUUUAAAAUGUGCUUUUAUUCGUGUUUUCUGAGUGGAUGGAUGUAAUAUUUGUUACCAGGCUUGGUGGGUCUGUGGUUUUGACUGUGGGCCUGUCCUGCAGGAAAGGCGUUUUCUCAGCGUCUAAUGGUUUGAAUCAGGAAAAUGUGUCUACAUGGAUCUGAGGCAGAAGAAAUAGGAUGAGAUUCACAGAGAUGCACUAAAGCAAGCUUUCAGAGUGGUACAAGACAUAAUUUCAAACAUAAAUUAACACAACUAAUAGUCUAUUUACCAUGUUUAAGGAAUAUCAUUAUUAUCACCAAAUAAGCUUCACUAACCUAACACUGACUCACUAUUCAUCCCAAUAUUUGGAAAAUUACAGGGAUAUCAUUGAAAUUUAAUACCAAAUGUUGAGCUAUAUGAGGGAUUAUUGCUCCCUUUUGAGGCUUAUACUUGUGAUCUUAAACUAUUCAGAUAUUAUUUUGCUUUCACGUGGAUCAGUGUGCAUGUGUGUGUUCAUCCCAGAAAACAGGAAAAAAUGUGGGGACUAGAAAACAGGCUGCAAUUUGACUCUAAUAUCAGACAACAAAAGUUUUAUUGAGAGUACUGAUUAAACAUGAAGUAGUUGUGUACAUGUACAAGAAUAUUGUGUAUUAAUGUAGUUUUAGAAAAGGUAGAAGUCCACAGUAAAAAAAAAAAAAGCUAUUGGUUUGAUGAGUAGUUUAGAUUUUUUGUCUACAGGCUGCAUCUGCACUUCCUCCACUGACAGUAAUGUAACUAGCUGUGGUACAAUUGACGUAUCUGCUGGUUCUUCUGGGAAUACACACAUCUAUGGUUCCUCUGGCAAACACUGGCGCAGCAGCAUCAGAAGUAACAUCAAUAUUUUUUUUAUUGCAUUUAACUCAUAAAUCAGUGUGUCAGAGUUAGGAGUCUCAGGGGGAUUCUUGUGUGAUCCAGAAAAAGAGUAUAAAUAAUUUUUUUUCUUAUAGAUUAAGACAUUUAAUUCUCUAAAAUGCGAUGUCAGGGAGACUUGUUGUUGCAUGGCUUCAGUCUGAGGCAGCUUAAGAGGUUUUUUUGAGUAAAAGCACUCAAUUUAUCAUCAGUUUAAGAUAAAACUGAAGCAGCAAUCGGACCCGAUUCAUUCUCAAAGCCUACUGUUAUAUAUUUAAAUCAAAUUGAACAUCAACAGAGAGUUUUGUAUCUUUAAUUGAGUGCUUUUAAAUUUAAAGACAGGACAACUGAAAAGAGAACCAAUAAAGACAGUGUUAAAUAAAGAGGAAAUACUUAAACACUAAUGAAUUUACAAACUGUCACUGUUUUUAAUCUGAAACGUCCUGGAUUCACCUGCCCACUUAAGCACCAACAAACAUCUCUGACAUCCACCCUGCACCCCUCUCUGCUUUCUGUUUGCUGUGGAGGAGAGAGAGAAAAAAAAGAAAAGGAAGAAAAGAGGGAUGCUAUUUUUAGAGCUCCCUCCUCUCCUCUCAUCUGCAUCCCCACGCUUCCUCGAAAAGGAGGCACGUGAUUGGAGAAGGGGGAAAAUGCCGUCUCAGGCAACCUGGCAGCAGCUGCACACAACACCACUGCUGCUUCAUAUAGGAGGCAUCUUUAACUGUUUCAUAUAAAAAUGUGGAGUAGAGAUGAAUGAUAAGUCAGGGGAUCUGCUGGAUGUGGUGAAACCUUAUGACUCUAACAUCAAAUCGAUUUUGUGCAUGUUUUUAAUCAGUUUUCAUAUCAGUGGUCCAGUUUGAGCGCCCCACUUUUUCACCCUAUAGCGAAAAUAAAGUGUUGCUGAAUAUUUUUUUUUAUCAUCCUGGAAUCAAAAUCACUAAAUCUGUCUCAUUUGUUGAAGUUAGAAAGAGCAGCAGUGUGGCAGUAAAGCUGCAAACAGCAGCAGUUUGCUCAAGGAGUUAGGGGUCAAUUGGCCAGCGAUGAUACUUGAAACAACAUCAACCCCCAACAGCCCGAACAAAUGAAAUGGGUUUGGAUUUUACAAGCCACCAGAUGACUGUAGGCUGAAAAUGGUACGAGAUGAAUAUAAUAGUCCUCAGAGUCCUGCUGGUUUCUGUAAUCAAGUUUUGAUUCAGCUUCCUACUCCUGGUCCAAUUUCUGAUUCAGGGUGUGAAAAUAUUCACAUUUUAGAUCUGUGAAAUCCUUUUCCACCCUUUCAGCUUGUUCACACAUAAAAGUUUUAUUUUUAAAGCUGAAGUUGCACAAGGAUUUUCAGCCUGUUUGCAACGAGAAGGAAGCACUUGAAUCACUGAGUUAAAGGUACCGUGUUUUUUUUUUACCACAGAAAAGGUAUCAUUACCGUCCACCACUGUGUUCCAGUAAUAAAGGAGAUGAGAUGCAUUUGCUUACUGCAGCAAAUGUAGAUCUCUGUAUGUUCAAUCAGGCUGACCUUUAAUCAUUGAAACACCAAAGCUCAAUAAUGGCUGUGCAGUUUGAGAAAGAGGGUGGCAUUAUCUCCCAGAUUAGGGACAACUGCUGGGAAAUAUUUCUGCACAACUGUGCACCAAGAGCUUAAGCAACAAAACAGGAGAGAUAUUUAUGAAUUGAUGUUAGGAUACACAUAAGAUGAAGGAGAAGGAGAACUCCUGGAAAUGCUGGUGUUGUGUUAAGUGUUUUAUCAUCAUUUUGGUCCUGGGGGGCUUGAGGUUAACAUUUACGCUCGCUGACUUUUGCCUUGAUUCUUCACUUUUGUAGGUUCUUUCCUUUAAACACUCACUCCUGAAUCCUUGUAUUUCCAGGGUCUCAUCUUGGCACCAUUGUAAGGAAUUAGUGAUAGCUGGCUGCCUUAAGCACAAAAACAAACAGAAAUUGAUGUUUUAAAUGCAGUUCAGUUGUAAAAUUUGGUUCCGUCCCUGUGGAGAAAUCAUUUUCUGAAGUCAAGAAAACUCUUUCUCACAAACUUGGUGACCAAGACUUUAAAGAAGCUUUAAACAUACUCAAACAUGGAAAAUACAACUAACCUUUGUCCUAAAAAGAAAAAAGAUAUCUUCAACCACAGCAAACCUCUCUACAUGGGUCUCCUCAAUGUUCCAUAUUGAGGAGGUGUUAAGAUAAGGAGCACGAGACUGAGGGAGCAUCACCGCUCCACUUUGAAGUGAUGAAAUAAACUCAAGCACUAUAGUGCUGAUGUGAUAUUUAGCUUAUCUAUUUAGGCUAACUGCACGUCCAAUGCUCAGUCCUGAAUGAGAGCACUCAGGUGUUUUACUGAAGCUAAAGUAGCAUUAAGGGAAAUAUAAGUUACCUGUUAAAUUCACAGGCAAGAAAUACAAUUUUACCAAGACAGAACUAAAGGCUCAAAUGCAACAAAAUGCACUUGAAGUUCCCCGAAAAAGAACAACCUAUUUGGAAAAAAAGUGCAUUUUGAGGGACACAUUGGGUUGAAAUGCUUAUCCAUUAAUGUACAAAUCGAUUUGAUUCAAUGACUGUAAAUGCUGAGGGAUACUGCUGGGAUAAUGUGUCAUAUUAGUAUGUUGUUGUUGUGGAUUGGAACUCUCCAGGAUGAGCAGGGUCUAAAAACUAAAGUGUAGCGGUCUUGAUAUUCUGCUUUUUUCAGCUGUUUUCAUCUCCACUAUGAUAUCCCACCUAAAUUAAACAGUACCAGUUUAAAUGGAUUUUUUUGGCAGAUUAAUGUGAUAACAGAUAGCCUGCUGGAGUCUGGCAUUUGAGCUGUAUCUAUAGCAACAGUUUGCUGUUAGGGAAAAAAAAACUGCUGUUGUGAUGGAGAAUCGACCAAUCAGAUUCAAGUGUUAAACCUGGCUGUGUAAUGAAUAGUUUUAACUUGCUGGAUAUAGCUGAAGAAUUGAAAUAUUUUUUAUUCUGCUCUAAAAUAAUAUUAUUGAUAACAUUUAAUUAUUUUUAUUUGCAACUAAAGCUGUCAUAAUAUCAGCCAAAUUGUGUAAAGCUAAAACAAGGGUAAAGCAACAGAUUACUUCAAAAACUUACAUUACUUCAACAACUUACAUGUCAUCUUUCAUUUAUUAUGAUGUUCAAACAUUUGAUGUAUCCACAUUACUAUCCCUGUGACCUAGACUUGCCACACAUAUAUAUAAUGUAUUGUAUAUGUUAUACAAUGAUUGUUUGUCAUGCCUUUAUUCUUAUAUCUUUUAUUGGAUUUUAAGAGAAACUUCAGUUUGCUUUGUGCUCUCUGAGCGUCAGUGUUGCCUCUGUCAGGUGUCUCUGCAGACUUCUCUCAGUGUCUGUCUUCGAACAGAGAGGUGUUUGGAUGAUCUGGGAUCAGCUGUGAAUGAGCUGACAGUCUGUAGAGAGUUAGUUGUGCUGAUGAAAAGAGCCUGACUAACAGGACGCAGCAGCACUUAGCUUUGGAUCAAUCAGGCUCCUGUAGGACAUCAAUCUCCUUUAGGUGACGGGUUUAGAGGAGCGUUGGUGGAGUCAACGCUCAGGACAGAGACCCACAUCUCUUAGUCAUGAUUGGAUUAGGAUUAAAAACACUAGCUGUUUAGUUUUGCCUACAAAGAGCAUUGUGAGGUACCAAAACUCUCUUUGUUUCUCUCGCUUUAGUCUUUUUAGUCAUUUCUAUCUUUAUAUUCAAAAUACUUUCUCUUCUAUGACAUCAAAACCACUCAUUUUACCAUGUAAGGCCAAAAAAUCCUGUCUGUUACAAAGCAAUGUGGAUUUAUCAGCCUAUCCUGCCUGUAAAAUCCCAAAUCUUUAACCCCUUUUAAAACACAUCCUUCCUCCUGCAUGGUAGAGGAGCUGAGUUCUCCUCAGCAGCGACUGUCAGGUCAAUUUUGUUGUCUUUGUCACGUCCGCCCUGACAUUCAGUCUCGUCUCAGUCAGUGUCCCAUUUCUGUUACUCAAACCCCAGGAGAGGACUUUUAUCUCGAGGCCCAUAUGAGGGGACCUUUAACGUGGCGGUCAGUGUGAUAUGAGAGGGUGAAAUGGCAGCGCUCAGUGCUUCAUAUAGCUUCAACCAUCACAGUAUCAAGGACACCUGCUCCAUCAAAUCUAAAACACAGCAAUAGUCAAAAUAACAACAAAGUGCUGGCAGAAUUGGAUUUGUCUCCAAGCAUUAUGGACAUAUUUGUGUGGUGUUAAAUUGAUAGGAGUGAUGAGACAUUACUGACCCAGAGCAAUCAGGGUCAUAACUUUGGCAUAUUUAGCAUCAAAAAGACAACUCCAAAAUAAAAUAAAAAACAACAGAACAUGAAAAAGGGAAAAUAUUCAAGACAACAAAAGGAAAAAGUGCAAUGAAUAAGAAUUUAAUUGAAGAGAGCAUAACAAUAUAUUGACAAUAUAUUUCCAUCCUGACAGUAUUUCCCUGUGAGUCCCUUCCCUAUUAUCCCAAUUAUUUACUUCCCUGGCACAUUUCAAACAAGUUAUCAGUUUUGCUUGUCCUUGUGAAUGAGGGGAUGAGAGUGGUUGACUGAAUGUUAUCUCUCUUGUAAGUCAGCACCAGAAUAGUUAUAUGGAUAAGUUUGUUAUUUUAUUAAUGUGCCAGAAAUGGUGAGGCCCGAGGGCCACAUCCGGCCCUUUGGAUGUCCCUGCCCGGCCCAUUGUGAGGUCCGUCAAUCAAAUCAUCAACAUGCUAUACAAGUGUGUUGCUUUUAUUUUGAAAACUGAGCCGUUGUUUUACUUCCGUUUGGACUCAAGUGCGUACAUCCUAGAUCUGCAUUCGUGAACAGAGACAAGUUUAAACAUCGGCAAAAUGUACGUAGACGCCUCAUAGUUGCCAAAUCCACUUAUUAUAAACGACUUUAGGCUUGUUUCUCUCAGAAGACGCUUCUAAAACUUGUGAGUCACAGGUGCGCUUUUUUUGGGCUUGUCUUUAACUAGUAGUUGCUUAUCUGGGUUUGCUCUUCUGUAUGUGUGAACCCCCCUGAUUUGAAGUUGAAGUUACUGUUGGUUCGGCCCUCCAACACAGUUCGGGUUUCUCAUGUGGCCCCAUGUAAAAAUGAAUUGCCCACCCCUACUCUAGACGAUGAGCAUAUUUACAGCCUGGUUCAAAAACUAGUUUUGGUUUUGAAACUUGGCCAUUUAUUCAUACAAGAGGGAGAGGGAGUAAUUUUUUUGUUAUGAAUAUGUUAAGAUAAUAGUUUGCAUAAUAUAGGCGUGGCUUCAUUGACUUAGCUGUGGAUAUUAUGCUCCUCAGCUCCACCUCUUGGCUAGUGUCUAGAUUACUCAAAACUUAGGUUGCAUUAGCGUUACCAGUUUGGCAAUUGGCUGCAAAUCCUUACACAAGAAACUGAUGGGUGGAGUGACAGAGACUUCAUUUGCACUGUCUAUAGGUUGAAACCACAAGUUCGUUAUUAAAAAGUUCAUUUAUGACGGCUCAUUAAAGAUGGUCUUGAUAUUUAAGUCUUUUUUUUUUUAAGCUAGAAGCCAAUCUUGUUUAGUGUAAGAGUUUAGAAAACUUUUGUGUCACGUAUGUUCAACAAAUCAUUUUUCAAGCUGAAAAUAGUACCAGCUCUGUAAACAGAUCCUCUGAUACACUGCUUUUAGCUUUGAGUCUUAAAAAUAUGAUGUUUGAUGUCAAACCCUACCCCUCAGUCAGUUAGUUAUAGCCAAACCUUUUGUUCACGUCGCUCUCAGAUCCCACCUGACUUGCAGUUUUGUCCAAACGAGGUUUAACAUGGAGGCUGAGUGAAAGCAGCAGCAACAUCCUGCAGCCUGAGAGACAUUUGCAUAAUGAGAAUUUGUUAAUUACUUUUAGAUUAAGCACACAGGCCUCGGUCUGUAAGCUGCUAGAUCAAAUGAAUGUUUAGUGAAGGUUAAGCCAACUCUCUUUUCUCUGAGCUAAUCGCAGAGACGCAGAGGAAAGGCUGGAGUAAUCUCAGCGCACCGACAUACACAGCAGACACUCAGCAGCCUCUUCUGAAAGACAACAGUGUGUGAGUGUGUUUGACAGGAUCCAGAAGUUCAAGUGUUGUUGGCCAUUUUUAACCACCUCUAAUCGCUGCUAUUAAUAACUGUAGCAUGCUCACAUUUUGUCUCUGUGUAAACCAGCACUCUGGUAAAUAGCAAAUAGUUGUAAAGGUUAAAUACCCCUCGGGGGGAAAAUGCUUUUAUCUUUUGAUGAACCGAUAAAGGAAAAGUGAAUAAUUGUUGAAAGAACAGAAAUAGAAAGUCGUUGUGGAAGAGAAAGCUCAUUAAUAAGUCUAGAGAGAGAGUGCAGUCUGAACGCUGUCAGAACUUGGCUUGAAUAUCUAUUUCUGAGUUUAAAACUAGCCUAAUAUGCUGUUACAGAAACACUGCUGACUCGGCCAAGAGAAAACUUGUCGAUAAAAAAGCACGUGGGCUGAAAUAUGUGCCGAGCUGAGUCGACACUUUGGUGCAACAGUAAGACAAGGAGACACAUCUUUAAUAAGGCUGACCAAAGACAAAAAAAUCUAACACCAAACUCACCGGUGAGCCCACUUCUGAAAAGUUAACUCUAGUUUGUGGUGGUGUCAGAUUUUUAAACUUUAAAUUGGCACACAUUGGAAAACAAAGAUUACAGUGGCGGCAUCACCAUAAACGAUAAACAUUUUGUAAGUGUAAGGUAUUGAAAACUUUUGAAAUUGAAAGAUACUGUAAGACUUUUAAACAAAAGGGCAGAAGUCUAAGUCUGUCAUAUUUUUGUUGUUGGGAAUCUUUGAGCAUUUAAAAUGUUGUGGUUCUUUUUACAAUAUGGGCUAAAGAAGAGGUACUUAAGUGUUGCGUUGUCUGUGAUUGUUAAACGAAGGAAGAAGAAGAUGAAGAAGAAGAAGAAGCAUCAGUAUUAAUUAAAUCUAUUAAAAAAUCCUUUACAAGCCUUUAGUCUGUAUCGGGAGGUAUUGUGUCCACAAAUGUCUAUCAUGGGGGUUUGUUCAGUCAAUGAAGUUUACCAACAUAAAAAAGGAAGUGCGUAAUUUUAUUUUCGUUUUGACGUUUGCAGGGAGGAUCUACCGCGCUGUUUGACAUUUAGCACAGGAGAGAUUUGUCGUCUUGUGCCUUUUGUCCGGUAAAAUGGCGUGUAUAAGAGGAGCUCUUAUUGUGCUGGAGGGAGUCAACAAAGCCAAGAAAGUGACGCAGUGUGAGAAGCUAGUUCAGGCUCUGCAGCAGAGUGGUUUACCGGCGGAGAAGAUCCGAUUUCUUGAUAGGACAAUAACGAUAGGCCAGCUGAUCAGUGCCUACCUGGAGAAGAAGAUAGAUCUAGAGGACCAUACUGUGCAUCUGCUUUUUUCUGCAAACCACUGGGAACUGGUGCCUCUAAUGAAAGAGAAACUGGAGCAGGGAACCACUCUGGUUGUAGACUGGUACGCUUUCUCUGGAGUUGCUUUCACCAGUGCUAAGCCAGGCUUCAAUCUGGACUGGUGCAAGAACCCUGAUGUGGGACUUCAGAGACUGGACCUUGUCAUGUUUCUCCAGCUGAGUCCAGCUGAUACAAGUUGCUGUUGUAUCAAUAAAAGACCAGAUGUGUCUUUGGCAGAUAUAAUGUAGGAAGUGCAGGAGACUUUAAUCUGAAGACAAUCAUACAAUAGUUACAGAUGGAAACACCAGAUUUUUGUGGGCUGCCGAGGAGACUUGAAAGUGUAGUUUGUUUUUUAGAAGUGGGAGUAUAUGAAAUACUUUCUAGUAAGAGUAUUACUCACAGUGUAUUUUGAAACCAGGUGGAGAACCUACACAGAAGCUGCACUAUGAACAGCUGUACACUUGCUAAACUCUACUAUGUAAUCUGGAGAAAGUCGAACCCCAGCACUCUUGUCUUUAAAGUGAAUUUCUCUUUCUUCAGCACACUGAUCAGCUCUUUAGACUGAGACAUCUUGAUAGGUUGAUUUUCAUGUGUUUUUACAGUAGCACCAAUACUGACAUUGUUUAUACAGGGUGUAGGGUGUUCAAAGUUUUGGAAAAAAAUCAUAGAUUUGGAUAAAUAAGAAGUCAAAUAGAUUAACUUCUUGGACAAAAAAAUUACAAUGCCAGCACACCUGACUAAUAUGAUAGGGUGACCAUACGUCCUCUUUUACCUGAACAUGUCCUCUUUUGGGGGGGCUGUCUGGCCUAUCCGGGGGGAACUGAGUUAGAAGUGCGUAAAAAAACACUUGACCCAACCUGAAAAACCCUCAAAAUUUUGCACGUGACUCUGCCCCAAGUAGUAGUGUCCUCAUUUUGGGAAUUCAGAAUAUAGUCACUCUAUAAUAUACAGGUGUUUGUUUUUAUGAAUUAUCUUAUGUGACUACGAUGAGAAUCCAAAUGAACUGACCCUAGGUUGACUGUACACUCCUGUAACUUCAGUCAAAGCCUGUAUCGUCCUCCAUACUACUGGAUCAUUAGAUUGUCCCACCUGUGUUUGCCUAAGGAGAUAAGAAAGGACAAACUGAACCACCUCUGUUGACCUUUUGACCAUCGAGCAUGCUGUUUGACACUUAUGAUCUGUUAAAUCCGGUAAGAUCUCCGGUUGUUAGCUCACUGUGGGUCCCCUUUGACUCCUGUGUUUGUGCUCAUUUUGGGUUUGUUGUCAUGGAUUACACUCUUACCCACAGUGAGUCACACUGCAGUUCACUGCAGACUGACACUCUCAGUUAUCCACAGGACUUGUGUGGAUGCCUGCAGAGUUCAGCAUGAGGUGAUGGAUAAUUUGAAGUUGUUUACAUCAAACACAGAUGAACAGUUCAGAAACUCUGAUUUGUGGUAAAAUAUGGAGGAAGAGGAGAGUUAGAUGGAGUAAAAAUGAGGUGUUAUUUAGAUUACCCUGCCUGAAAAAUAAAACACAUGUACUUAAAAAGACUAAUGAAAGCUGAUGGAAAAGACUGUCUUUCUACUUUCUGAAUUUACUACUUAAUGCCGAGACUUGAAGUAACUGGAACAUAAAAUCAUUUUAAAGGAAGGAAAUUUUUUUACAACAAUACAGGGCUGUAAUGACACCAGAUUUUCACCUCAGGAUUAUUGUGGCAAUAAAAUAUUGUGAUAACGAUAUUUAUGGGACACAUGAAAAUAAAACAACAUUAAUCAGUCAAAUUGUAGUGGAGCAACAUAUAACUUCAUAAACUUAACUAUUACAUACAACAUGUCAUCGUCCAUUUUAAAUGAUGUUCAAAUUUAUAAUUUAUCGGCAUUAUCAGCCCUGAGACCAAAACUUCCUUGGUACAGAUGGUUCACUAGCAGACCACUACUUCUUCUUCGUCCAUCGUCUGUUGAAAGAUGUGAGGCAACCAGCAGAAACAGCUGCUACUCUAAAUUCUGAGUGAAACUAUAUCCUUAUUCUUACCAAUAUAUCAAUAAUAUUUAUUCUGAAGAAGGAAAAAACAGCUACUAUUGAUACCGAUAUAUUAUGACAGUCCUACUUUAGAUAACCUAAAUAUUUCUGUUGGUUUACUGUGCAGGGGGAUACUUCUCCUUUCCAGUGUUUUUGAGUAAUACACACACUUUCAUUCAGUUUAAUCUCUUCCAAAACUAAAAUGUCCUCAAAGCACCGGAGAGUUGAUUUUUACUGCGUAUGAAACAGACUGAGAUUGAAACCGAUGCCUCUAUCAGACCCAAGGAAAACAACAGCAACGUGAUGGAUUACCUCUGUAUAGUUAUUUUAUUGGCCACUUAGUUGUUUUAUCACCACUGCAGCAGGGUUGGUGCAAGACAAAUGUGGUACAGCAUAAACAGCCUCCGUUGUUUUUUAGUUUUGCAGCAGAUAUUCACACUGAGGGACACAUUUGACUGUCCAACCAAUGCCUCCUGCAAGUUUCUAACAGGAGCUUUGACCAUCCACGGAAUUUGACUGUAUGAAUUAUCCAAUAAAAAGCUUAAUAUGUGACUAUUUGGUCACGUUUUUUUUCCAGAUGAUGACUUUUGUUUUCUACAAUUAAACUCUGAAUAUUUAGUGGAUGUGGUUUUUUGAGGAUGUCCCCAGGCUGCAGAUUUGUGAAAAAAAAUCUAGAUCAACCACAUUAAAACAGACAACCAAGCUUCUGUGUUUGGCUGCUCUGCCACUGUCCUCAAAGUGGGAAUACAUUUGAAUAAAUUCUGCUAAUCCAAGCAAAGACUAAAACCUUUUUGUCUGAUUUAUGUUAAUUUUAGCCUGUUACUUCCCAUUUCAGUGCAGCAUUUUAUAUAUCCUCUAAUCAGAUUUACCUCACAUCUUUAUCUACCUGCUCUUCCUCCUCACACAAAAACCUUGAGGAAGAUUCAAUGCCUUUUCAUUAUUUAUCGAGCAUCCUUGUGUUCCUCCAUGUAAACUGAUCGUCCACAGCAGUGAGGAGGGUGCAGUUGUUUUGUUUGUUGCUUUAGACCCUGAGAGUUCUUGUCUUUCGCUGCAGCUGAGCUGAGAUAACGCUCUAAAUAUAGAGCAGACUCGAUACAGACCCUGAGAGCUGUGGGCUCGAGUCGAUGUGUCAGGGAGGUUCUUGAAGUCCCAAGUUCUCGUAAAAGGGGAGCAUGUUUUCAACAACAUACCUUGCAAACAGUGUUAAAUACUUCCUGGCUAACAGAUUGGUUUGAAAUCACAGACCUUGGCUCGCCUAAUGGGGUGACUCCUCUUUGGGCUAUUUUCCAAAAGAAAAACAAUUGAAUUGAAACCAUUUAAAUACUAUUUAGAAAGUAAAGACAAUCACAGACAGUUCCUUGAUUUGUCAUAUACAGGUGUUAUCAUAUCGUAGCUUUGUUGCUGAUGAAACUACCUCGAGGUCGACUGGUAGACUGUGUAGGUUACCUAAUCUAAAGUUACCAUGGUGGUAUACUUACCUCUUAUUGGUGUCAUGCUCUUUGUAACUUCAGCUGUAAGCAUGAGACUUCAGGGACAAAGAAGAAGGUUAUCCAGAGCAGUGCAGAACAGCAAGCAUUGCUUAUGUUUUGGCAGAACAUUGCUUGCCAGGAGGUAACCAUAAAUAGUUCAGUAAUGGCAUGAACACAGAGGGACUGGAGUUAAAAUAAUUCUUCAUGCAUUGAACAAAAACUGCAACUUGAGCUUCUUGUUUGCUGAAAUUAUGUCUCACACAUUCACUCCUGGUUGUGACAGAUUGAGCGAUUUGCCUCCAAUGUUUCCCCACAUAGAGAAUACUUAGAUGGGGUUUCUCUUUCCUCCUUUGCAUCACAAAUACAGCUUUGAUUAAUCACCUCGUAGCAAAUGUUCAAAGUUAGAGCCGGACUAGUAAAUCACUAUCCUCGAAUAUGCUGAGUCAAACUAAUGCUGGCGCCUCUCAUCCUCUACCCGAACACACAACACAUUCAUGACCUUUUCUGUAUGAAAAACGCUCUCUGUGCUCUGUUGCUGUUUUAGUUCUUGCUGAUGUUGAAUUUUAAAGGAGAAAAGCACUGAUUCAGAGAGAGCAAGCUUGCCUUUGAUAACAUCAGGACACCCCAGUUUACCACACAAGCCUCCAUAGAGGGUGGAGAUGUUUCCAGAUGGAGGCCUUCGGCAGAAGCUCAUCCCAUCCCCCACCUCAACUCUGCAGUCUUUACCACCAUAUCUGAGUGUGAAAAAAAACAACUGACUCAAUGAGAUCACUUAUCGAACCAGCUUAUUUAGACAUAUAAACUGUUUGUUACAUCUCCAAUCUGCAUGUUUUGAAUCCUCAUCCCUCCCUCGGAUCAGAGGCACAUUUUCAACUGUUAAUAACUAGCUGCUUAUAUUUAUUUUCAUUAUUCACAGAGAUAUCAAGCGCCCUCCACUCUUAGUUUGAGCAUUUACCCUUAGGCAGAUGACACAGAGUCCCUUAAUGUGAAGAAAACUGCUUCAAAAACUCUUUUUAACCCAUCUUGAUGAUAUGUAAAAAAAAAAGUGCCUCCAGCCUGUGUGGGUGGUGUAAUAGUGUUAUGAAGUUCAUAUUGUCUAAUGUUCUCUGUUUAGAUCUUGUGCACUAUGGUGAUGUGCAAUAAAUAUUGUCUCUGGUGCCCUUUGGUAUGUGCUUCUCUGUUCACACAUGGAUUGUGGUUUGUUUCAAGUGUUUUCAUGUCUUAGUACCUUUUUUUAAAGCAGUCAAACAAGAACACUUUAGUCAGACAAACUUCCCAUAUGGAAAAACAAAGUCUAUUAUGUUGCUUGAUAUCACUUAGCUUUGCAUCUUGUCGCUGUGUGUCAUAUGGCAUCGGAUUGCAUUGUAUUCUAUCAUAUCGUAUUUAAUCCCAUCAUGCUACAUUACAUCAUACCUUAUUGUAACCAAUCGUAUUACAUCUUUUUGAUUGUAUCGCAUCCUAUUAUGUUGUAUUUUGUUGUAUCUUAACAUAUUUUACAGUCUGUCUUAUCAUAUUGUAUCUUACAGUACCUUAUUGUAACUAAAUGUGUAGUGUAGAAACAAAUCUCUCACCCUCAGUCUGUUAUUCCCUUACCUGGAUGAGUGUUCAGAGAGUGUGGAUCAAACUGAAAAUUAAUGUUUGUACUUUCAGGAAAGGUCAUGUUUUCUAUUUUUAAGCCCUGAAGCCAGAGCAGUCGCAGACCCUGCGCAAACUGCAUGGACUCACUCAAACCAAAUCCAGCAAACAACACUUUUGUGGUCCUAAUUUGUGAAGCAAGUCUAAGUAAAAACUAACUUUUUAUUUGUGUGUCACACAAAUAAAAAUAAAACUUCUCAUCAGUCAUGUAUAAGAAUUCAAAUGGGUGUUUGAGCAGUCUGUGAAGUACUCCAGUACUUUGCACGACCAGAGCAGUGCCAUGUUAAUAUUAAACAGAAAUACACACAUCCAACAGCUUCAUGCACAACUUUCACUGUGCUGCAUUGUAAAUUAUUAACACAAAAAUAUCAAUUCAAGUGUGAUUUUAUCACUUCUAGGUCAAGUUAAUUCAAAUAAAAGCUUUUAGAAAGUUCCCAGCGGAAACAUAUUUAGAAGUAAUAUGGAAUAUCUUAUCAUGUUAUUUAGCUGGAAUUAAAGAGACAACCUCAGCAUCAGUUACAGUAACAGUGCUUUUGAUACUUCUUAAUGCAAAGUCUCAAAAGAUAAUGAGCUUAUACUGACUCCCAUGGACACAAAUAUACACAAUCAACUCAAGUCUUUCAACUCUUAAUAGUUGUGUGUCUUGCAUGUGUGUUGAACUGCUGCAAAAAAACAAUAACACUGACCAACUAUGAGGUUAAAAUGGUGAUAUAGUUACACUGGGCAAAUUCAUCCACAAUUUUAUUCUCAAAAGACUGAUUAUGAAGAUUUUCCAGGUUGUUUGAUUCUUGGUUGACCGGUUAUUUUCCCUUUUUGCUCUUGUCACCAGAUGGCCUCAGCUACAGCAACCUAUGGGCAAAAAGAGUCCUCAGACCAGAACUUUGACUAUAUGUUCAAGAUCCUCAUCAUUGGUAACAGCAGUGUGGGUAAAACCUCCUUCUUGUUCCGCUACGCUGACGACUCCUUCACGCCUGCCUUCGUCAGUACGGUGGGCAUCGACUUCAAGGUGAAGACCAUCUACAGGAACGACAAGAGGAUCAAACUACAGAUCUGGGUAAGACGUGGAGAGGUGUUAAGUAAAAACUGAGUGUCUUUUUUUUCCCCCACAAAUAUAUUUAUUGAAAUGUUUUUAUCUCAAACAAUUCAAUAGUUAAAUACACGUUUUACAUGACAAUAUUUUUUACAUAUAUCUAACAAAAAAAAGGAAAUAACUAAAGAGCAAUACAAUACAAUAAAAAAACUAAAGUAAAAAUAAAGAAUACAUAUGUUAAAAGAAAAAGAUAAAGACAUAAAUCAACGAUAUCUACAACAGCACUACCCCUCCCCAGUGUCUUCCAUUGAGUGUGACAAGCUAUAAAACUACCCCAACUGAGUGUCUUUUGAAUUGAGACUGAAUUACUGAAGUGAUUUGAUGAGCUGACAGUCAAAUGAUUGUGAGACAUUAUUAAAAAAGUGCAAAAGUGGUGAAACUUCAUCUCAGCACAAAAUUGAGGCCGAUGAUUUCAAUUAUGCAUUUAUUCUUUAUCAGCAUGUCCAGAAAAAGGCAAAAAACUGUUUUAUCAGAUUAUUCUUCUUUGAUUAACUUAAAAAAAGUAACCUCUUAGGUCCUCUGGUAUCAGGAGCUAGACGUCAUAUAGUCAGAUAGAGGAAACUGCAUCCAACAAAUCAAGCAGCAGGUGUUAGAGGUUUCAACUUUUCAUUUUCUAUUAAUUAUGUCAAUUUCAAAACCAACAAAAACAACCUCAUGUCCAAAAAAGUGAAGAUGCUAAAUAAUGUUGAUGGAAGCAGAAUCUGUGUUUUCAAUUUUGGUCUUAAAAAUUACCAGCAUGACCAGUUUUGUGUUAUUUUUAAGCAGAGCUUCAGGCUUUGUUGAGCCAGAUUACUAAAAGAGGGCCGAGAUAUGUUGAACUUGCUCUGCGACACACACACCAAAGGCUGUUCCAGAAACCAGGAUUAGUCAGUUUGUUGAACAUAUAGUCCCAGUUACUUGUAAAACCCCCUUAGACCCCCGGAACAAAAUCUGCAUGUUAGUCAUAAUUUUAUUAAAUUAUACAGCAUAUAACAUUUCAAAGGUAUUUCAUAACAAAGUGAACAGAGUCAGAGCCUGUGGGGCCGUUUAAUUAUGCCAACUGUCUUCAGAUCUCGGUACACUUACAUACAUUUUCACACAGCUCUGCCCUCUCUGCACACUUGGAUGAGCAGAAGAUAAUAAGAUCAAUAGAAUCCAUGAUGAGGGUCAACACAGUUGGUUAUCUUGAUGAUUCUAGUAAACAGGAGGACGUGUUUUUAUGUUUUGUUUCAUCAGAUGUGUGUUUGCUCUUGAGGCCCCACAGUAAACACAGAGCAGAGUAAAGACAGCAGGCUCCCAGAGGAAAACGGCUGUUUCUGUAUCACUCUGAGCGUUCAACAUUUGCUUCACUUUCUGCAGCAGACUGAGAUGUGAUGUGAACACAGUAGUGUAGUGUGUGUGUAUGUGUGUGUUUUGUGUGCAUUGCUGUUCUGAUGUCAGCGUUAGCCAGGUUUUGCCUCUGGUUAGGAGGACAUAUCCAGCCAAUCAGAGCAUUAGAAACAGAUGACUGGGUGCUGCUCUCCCCUCCCCCAUUACUACACAUUUUUCCUCCCUGCACGUGCAGAUAUACACACACGAGCACAUGCACACCCAUCCCCCAUCUCCCAGCAGUCCUCUCAGCUGGGACUCACAUCAGAGGAAAAAUGAAAACGGUCAACAUCCAGUAUUCAGAAUACAUAUAUUCAUAAGGUGUGCAGAUAGAGCCUGUUUAUGUAGAGUUAUGGAAAUGUAACAUCUGCUUAUUAUGACUCAUGCAUGUUAUGUCAUCCAGACAGAAUCAGACAGUCACAAACAUUAUGUAAUCCUAUUGUGUCCAUCAACAUCGUACCAUAAAAUGGUGAUCAAGUUCUCUAAGAUUAUUAUAGCGACUGCUUUCCUUCAACAAAAAAGCCACAGGGGUUUAGGUUUGCUUGCAUCUGUGGCUCGUUCAAUUAUCAGUUUGAGUGUUAAAAAUGGAUUUAUUGUUCCAAAAAAGAAAAGAAAACACACUGAUCCAGGUUCAAAACUUUUGCCUUUGAAUGAAAAAGUGAUACGAUGAAAUGAGGUUAAAACAGGAUGAGUGAAACAGUCAGCAGAAAAUUAUCAGAGCUUACCACAACUGGUGAGAUUUAGAUAACCCGCCAAACAUCCCAAAACCACACCCCUCAGUGUCGAACCCCGGAAGUGACGUACCUAUUAGAAAUCAUAUCCUCAACAAAAUGCUUUGGCCUCAACAAUCAUACCACACAGGACCAUCUCUGAGAAACGUGUCAUGUCAUGUCUUUUAUCACCUCAGCUCAUGUUGCUUUUGCCAACUAUUAUUUUAAUACAAGUGAUUUCUUUUAGUUUUAAUCCCUGUUGUAACAGGUUGAAGGUUUUUACGUCACAUAGAAAGUGUUUGUAAGUGGAUUUUUUUGUUUGUUUGUUUGUUCAAUCUGUAACUGAUAUAUUUAUCUAGAAAAGCAGAUGUGGCUUCACCAUAUCUGGGGAUGUUCUGAGAUAUGAGAUAUGCAGGUUCAGGCACAUCUGUAACUACAGCUGUCACUUUUGUAGUCCACGUGACAUUUCGUGGUCAACACCUCUCUUUAUGAGCCUGGUGGUCUUCUUGUGAGUCUUGAAUGUUUUAUUUUGCUUCAAGUUUUAUUCUCCUCCGUGCAUGAUCAAAACAAGGAAAAUCUGAUCAAACGUUGCAAGAAAAUUGACUUCCUCCCCAGACUCCUUUUGUUUGGGUCCUUUAUGUCCAGCCAAACCCCGUAUCUCAGAAGCUUGUAGCUUUGUUUUGUGCUGCUGGGACACAUGUAGGCGGAUUGAUUGACACCUGACAAUCAGUGAUGAUAGCUUUCUAUUGCUUGUACCAUGUAGACUCAAGGUUCACCUUAACUAGUAGACCAUAAUGUCGACUGCAGUCUUGCACUGUUGAAAUGAGUUACAGAGCAGGCCCUGUAAUCUUCAUCUCACACAUCGCUUGUCUGAAUUGCUGUUAGUGUUAUUGGAAUAAAGGAGAAUAUCCUGAAACAUAACUAUUAAACAUCAGAAGAUUUUGCAACAACCGGUAAUGAAAGGUAGCUCUGGACAAUACAAACCUGAGGGAUCUUGGACAUUUUAUCGGUAGAUGAUACACAUUCUGGUCAACAGAAGGAUUGUGUCAUUAGUCCUGCAGCUCCUCCAGCUCGAUCACCUCUGCUCAUGCCAUAGCUUCACCAGUACAAUAUGUCGGCACCUGUCAAGGUGGUAUUCUGGCUGGUGUAAAAGACUUGAUCCAAAAUACAGACUCUACAUCUUAUUUCAUUUUUAGCCACAUGCUCUAAAACUGUCACGUAGUUCUAUAACUAAGUAUAAACAGACAUAAAUAUAUAAGAUGUAUGUAGCCUCAAAUGUUCCUGCUUUGGCUGUCCUCAGAGCUCACAGCAUCACAAAAAGACGAGUGCUCCAUUGUCUUCAUUAUGUAACAGCACUCAAUACUACCUACACUGACGUUUUAGGUAUAGAGCUCUCAUCCUGAGAGGCCUGCGGCAGUGUUGAUGAGGACAUGAACCACAAAGCGUUACAACAACAAUAUGGAGCCACAAAACAUCUCUAAAAAUAGGUGUCCCACGUGUCGUACUGUUGUGACCUCUGAGAGAGAUUCUCUCGAUUCUGAGUUUUUUGUUUUCAUAUUUAUUUAAUUUUCGUCAUGUCUUAUUAGUCGUUUGUCUGUUCUGGAGAUGUCAGUCUUGCUCUACUGAUCUCCACGCUGUAAGCAGAGCGAUACUGUUGGGCCAGAAGCUCAGGGUUGGACUUUGAGUGUCAGGUAUCAGGGACACCAGGCUUUAAUUACCUGAUCCUUCAUUAGAGCUCACCACUGAAAUUGAGCCUCACCUGGAUUUGUUACCAAAGUGUGAGAGACAGAAAGAGAGAACAAAUUUGAAAGAGAGAGGAGGUAUUUUGGCAACUAACCCAGCUAUUUACAGAUGUAAGAUUUGAAAAAAGAGAGUCUUGAGUUUGUAUUUUUGGAGGAUAGGCUAAAGAAAGAGAUGGAAACAGGGAGAAAAGAGGUAGAAAGAGGGAGGAAUGACGCAAAACAUCUACUGAGUUAUAACAGCAAACUUAAAUAAAGAUGUUUAAAUGUUGGCAUUUAUUGAUUCAAUCUGCCACUGAAGCUUUUAGCGUAGAGCAAACUUUUCUCUUGUUUUUUUCUCGGCAGUGGUCAGCAGCUUUCCAGCAAAACUGCUUUUAGUGUCAAACCUACCAAUUAUACCAUAAUGGCUUCAGCUUCAAGCUGGUUUUAACUUUACUGUCUUUACCAAUUGAGAAUUGCUGGCCAGAGCUCAUAAGUGUGAAAAACAUCCUUUAAAAAAAUCAAGCAGAAAAGUUUUCUGGCUCUUGUCAGGUUUCAGGACUUAAGUCUUCUGCCUUUAUACAAGUCAAUGCUUUGAAUGAAACCCUCUAGUAUAAUAUUAAUUAUUGUUAUGACCAGUAUGAGAGUCAUAUUUGAUUUUUCUGUGUAUAGCAGAGUGAGAAAUCAGGAAAAUCUGAGGAUUUAACCGGACAGCAAACACUGUCAAAACAAUAAUGAGACAAAAGUCUUUUCUUCUCCUUUGUUUAAAUUAAACACAUCUUUCUAAUUGUUUAUCUGUUUCUUUGUGUCUCCAGGACACAGCAGGUCAGGAGCGUUACCGCACCAUCACCACAGCCUACUACAGAGGAGCCAUGGGCUUCAUCCUCAUGUACGACAUCACCAAUGAGGAGUCCUUCAACGCCGUCCAGGACUGGUGCGUGAUCGGCUAGACUGAUUUGAGUGUAAACUGACCUCUCAGAGUUUUAGUCGAGGGAAGGAGCGCUGUAUGGAUGAGAGAUAUCGAAUGGUAUUUUCAGUCAGCAGCAGGCUGGAAAUAGAUGGAGAGAUACUGAAGACUGAUUAGCGGAGGAGACGAUCUGGCUCGGGUUUCUGUGGGUAUUGUUUUUAAGGUCCACAGCUUCCUUUGUGUCUGCAGAUCAGCCGGAUGCUGAAGAGAUCACAGUCCUUCUCCUCUGUGUCUUUUAUGCAGACUUCGGCUCUCUGUGUCUUUGCUGUUAAGUUCCUCUUAGUAUCUUUAAGGAAAAUUUUCAAGAACUAUCCUGAUAUUCUCUGUCCACUUGAUUGAAAGGUUCAGGUGUCACGUUUUAGCCUUUUUAAAUUAGGAACAGACAGAGUGUUUACAAGUAGUGCAUGACCUCAGGCCAGAGGAUGAAGGUUUACUGUGAUAUAUAUCCACAGCACGUCUUAUUUUAGUGUCCUAUCUUGUCAAAGGAGGAAGAAUUUCACAUUCAGCUGCAGUUUAAUGACCCUCUCUGCCAACCCGGUGUCUUUUAUUCUCAGGUCGACUCAGAUUAAAACGUACUCGUGGGACAAUGCCCAGGUGCUCUUGGUAGGAAACAAGUGCGACAUGGAUGAUGAGCGAGUUGUCAGUGGAGACAGGGGCCGGCAGCUGUCUGAACACCUCGGUGAGUUUGCUCAUGCAGACAUUCAUGUCUUUAAUCUACUGUCAGGUUUACUUUUUGGCUGUUUGUGUACUAGUUGGUUAAAAGCUGUCAAGGUAUUUCACAGUGGAGCAGAGCUACAAGCCUGGUGAAGAAGUGUUUCACCUCAUCAGAGGUCGCACUGACAUUAAAUGACCACUCAAACAUCUAAACACUCUCCUUCACCUUCUUCUUCUCCAGGUUUUGAAUUUUUUGAGGCCAGUGCCAAAGACAACAUUAAUGUGAAGCAGACGUUCGAGCGUCUGGUCGACAUCAUCUGUGAAAAGAUGUCUGAGAGCUUGGAUGCCGGGGACCCCGCUGUCACAGGGGCCAAACAGGGGCCCCAGCUGACAGAGCAACCUGCUCCUCCUCAUCAGGACUGUGCAUGUUAAAGCCGACUACUCUUCUGUUCCUCCCCUCUCUUUUUUUCCUUUUCCUCCCUCAGUCGGACCCCAGGGCCUCAGGCCCACCCCCCCAUCACCCCUCUCACUCACUAUCCUGCUUCUUUCUGUGAAUUAGUGAGUAUCGUUGGCUACGGGGCACAAGAACCAGGCUGUAAAGAGUUUGAAAGGCUCUCAGAUAUCCAUGGGACAGUGCUUGAGGUGUGUUUUGUUCCUCUUCAAGGAACUGAAAGAUGUCGGGUUUUUCCUCUGAUCAGUGCCGGUCUGAUGCCAAAGCUAGUUCAAUACAACCAGAGUGCGUCAGACUCUUUGCAGCCUGGGUUCUUGAGGGCCAUCUUCUGUUGUCUCCCUGUACCUCAGUGUGGUUUGACAAGAAGGAUUUUACGGCGUUCGAGUGCCAUUUAAAUCCUUCCGAUGUUUACAAUUCUUUGUUUUAUGUCAAUCCAAUGUCUUGAAAAGAUGUCAGCUUGGAUUUAUGGUGUCCAACAGGGUCACAGUGGUUUCAGUUUCCUCUCUGAUUCUGGAAACACACAGAGUCAAAACUACAUGGAUCUGUUUUUCAUGUGUUGUCUCACCUAGUAUCAAACAUGGAUGUUACAGGUAUUAGCAGGUUUUUUUUGUUUUCAGUCCUUACCUGAGCCUUUUCAUUUGGUGUUUUUUUUAUGUUUUUACAUUUCUUUUUUAUAUUCUGAUGCCCCACUUAUUCUUUCAUACAUUUAACUCUGGGUAAGGGAAAAUAUGAACAAGAUAGAGCUAGGUCAAAAAAAUAAAAAAUAAUUAAGACGCCUUUAAUUUAAUUAUAUUUAUUUCAACUGUACAUAUAAAUGUUGUGCAAUAUAUAUAUACAUAUAUAUAUAAUAUCUACAGGUAUGCAUAUCUGGAAAUGACUUACAAAAGGAAUGAAGUUCUCCAAGGAAAGUGUAAAAUGUGAAAAGGUUUGUGCUGCGAAGUCAGCAAAAAUUAAAAAUAAAGUGAAAUGACCCUUUAGGUCAGAUUUACAAGCUAUAGAGUCGCCCUAAAAAUUGUGUCUAGUAAAAGUAAAUGAUUCAAAAUGGCUUCAAUAUUACAGCAGAGCUGAAUUCAAGAAUAUCUCAAAAGUCGUGCAGUCUAACAACUCUUCACAUGAAUUUCAAGCGGGAAGAAAAAAUCCUUCAGGUGUGCAUCGAGCUGAGCUGGAUGAAUGCGAAGUCUUGAGGUUGAGAGCAUGAUCGUAAGAACUCACAAUUCUUGACUAGAGAAGUACUUUUACUUCUGCAGCAGUCAUCAAUCAAAGAAACUAUAAUUGUAUUAUGUAUGGUAGAUUGUGUUAGCGAGAUACAAACGAUGCUGCUUUUAUUGUAUUUUGUCUGAUAGUUGGAGCCCUGAAAAGAACAGGCAGCAGAGGGCAGACCGACAUGUUACCAGCAGCAGAGAGUGAGAUAAAGCAGGUGAAUUGCUGUGACUUGGCACAAACUAAGAUUUGUUUGCCAGCAGGACACAUGAGAUUAGUCUGAAGAUUCACCAAACUGACACACUAACUUUUUCAUAUGUUUUAAAUUAGGUAUACUGUUUUCAGGAUCAAAUCCGCGCGGUCCUUCAGAUCCUCAGCCUCUCGUGUUAAUUUCCAUUAUUCUGAAGUGCACAUUUGAUUUAAACGGAGUACAGUAAUUGUUAUCUUUGAAACUUAGAGAGUAUGAAAGGUCAAGUCUCAGUGGUUUACUGGGAACUUACUGGGUGGCAAACAACCAGUCAUCAGACUAACUCAGAGUCAGCCUCACAGUUGGGGAUGUUAGCUGGGAUGCUUCAGGUGAAGUCUGCAAGGUCAAGCAUGCAACAAACACCUGAGGCUAAAAUUGUCACAAGUGACGUUGCAAGUCUGAUUCAGGAAUUGAAUGAAAUGUGUUUUUUUUAUUUUUAUGUCAGCACUGCAGCAGAUUUCUGGCACCACUCACUCUGGGGAUGCAUCGGUUUAGUAAAAAGUGCUUUCCUCUAUCCUUCUCAUUGACGAUCGCUCAUUGAUUUGGCUUUAGGGUGGCUGAAUAAGCAUUGUCACAGUCCUGAAACUUGAAAUGUUAGUCAACGAAUGCUGCUUGGUUGAGCUAACUUCCUGUUUUACUCCAGGUUUACUGUUUUACAAUGCCCCCUUAAAACUUGGUGUUGGAUUUCAAAGUUAAUAAAGGUGGUAACUAUAGAUUAAGGGGGCCAAAGCACUAUGAAAACCAUGCAAGUUAUUCAGUAGGCUUUAUAAAGUUCGGCUUAAAGAUGGCAGCACAUCUGCAGAAGGAAAUUUUUAAUUGUAAAGGCAACUAUCAGAUAAAUUAACUCUGGAGUGUGACAUUUCAACCUGAAUUCACAGACGAGCUGCUGACUAUUAACACCUCAGAAAACGGGUCUCUAGUCAAAGUGAAAAUGAUUUUCAGAGAAAAGGGAGUGCUGAUCAUGACAAACCUGUGAGACGGUUUUGAUCCUGCGUUUAUAUUUGACUUCUUACUGGUUGUGACUGUUUCUUUUCCAGUAAAAUCCGAACUUUGAAACUGUUCUCCUUUCUAAAAUGUCUUCCUCUCUAUAUAAACCAGAUCUGUAAAUACUGUACCUUUGAGUCAUAUGUGUGGAUUGUGUUGUAUUGACUCAGGCUUGCAACAGAAAAAAAAAACAACAAAGAAAAUAGACCAAAAAAAAAAAAAAAAAGAUGACAGUAAAAAGAGCCAUGUUGUUCCGUAUCUGCAUUCAUUUUUCGGCCUGCUUGUGAAUGAAUGUGUCACUCUGUUACGAAGCAAUACACACUACAGUAUCUACACUAAAAAAAGAAAUGCCAUCAAGCUUGGUAGAGGUUGCCGACUUUAGAUCUUCUACUAGCACGCAGAAACAUGUUGGUCUCGUAUCACUGCCUCUUCAAGUCCUCCUCAGUUUGGGCCAUUAAGAUGAGAGAAUAUGCUGUGGAUGUUUUUAUCUGUACUUUGUGGUAAAACAAUAAAAAGUUACUAACAAUCA